AUGAGGUACGAUGGAACCCAAGAUCCUCUGGAGCACCUCACGGCCUUCGAGGCUAGAAUGAAUCUGGAGGGAGUAGGAGACGAGGUGAGGUGCCGGGCCUUCCCGGUCACCCUGGCUGGACCUGCGAUCCGGUGGUUUAACGGCCUCCCGCAGGGAUCCAUUUAUGGGUUUUCGGACAUCAGCCGUGCCUUCCUAGCUCAAUUCACAACACGAAUAGCAAAGGCAAAGCACCCGAUCAAUCUGCUCGGGAUAACCCAAAGUCCCGAGGAGACGACUAGAAAAUACCUGGACCGCUUCAACGACGAAUGCCUGGAAAUUGACGACCUAACCGACUCGGUGGCUAGCCUCUGUCUGACAAACGGCCUCCUGAACGAGGAUUUCCGAAAACACCUCACCACGAAACCGAUUUGGACGAUGCACGAAAUCCAAACGGUAGCUAAGGAAUACAUAAAUGACGAGGAGGUGAGCCAGGUCGUGGCUGCCAAUAAACGGCACUCCGGCUACAAUCAACCUAGGCAGCAAGGUAACGGAGAGAGACAGAAAGAACAAGGCGGAGGGCUGAGCAAGGCACCCAGAACGUUUCCCCGGAUCGGGAAAUUCACCAACUACACUCCACUCACUCUCCCCAUCAUGGAAGUUUACCAGCAAAUAGUCGAGAAAGGAAUCUUGUCGAAGCCCCGACCACUCAAGGACCGCACGGGGGGAAACAAGAGCCUCUACUGUGACUACCACAAGGGCUAUGGGCACCAAACACAGGACUGCUUUGACCUGAGGGAUGCACUAGAGCAAGCCAUAAGGGACGGUAAACUCUCGGAAUUCUCCCAUCUCAUAAGGGAGCCGAGGAGGCGACAUCGCGACCAAGACGAGGAUGGCAAGACCCGGACGGCAAAGCGGCGACAAGAGCCAGAAGACAAAGACCACGGUCUCACCGUGAUAAACGUAGUAACCGCCAAAAAUACCGCACCAAGGUCGAGAUCGGCGCACAAGAAAGACGCCAAGAUCCUGGCGAUCUCCUCCGCGCCGAUGCGAAGCUCUAAGAAGCCCCCAUGUAUCUCCUUCGGCCCGGAAGAUCAGUGGUUCGACGAGGCCCCUAAAAGUCCACCCGUGGUCAUCACGGCCAGGGUGGGAACAGGCCUCGUAAAAACGAAUCCUUGUUGA